AUGCCGGGACGCCGGCGGCCUCCCCUGUCUUCCCGUGUCCCUCCCUUCGGCACGCACGUCGCCAUCCUCUGCGUUACGCAUCAGCAGAUAAUCCGCGUGCAGUCGCCGGAAGGAGUGAAGCGCAUCACGGCCACGAAGCGAGAAACGGUGGCGACGUUCCUCAAGAAGGUUGCAAAAGAAUUUGGUUUCAGGAAUAAUGGGUUUUCUGUCUACACCAAUAGAAACAGGACAGGAGAGAUCACGGCGUCACAAAACAAAUCCCUCAACUUACUGAAAAUCAAGCAUGGCGAUAUGCUGUUUCUCUACCCCUCGAGCCCGGCUGGCUCCUCCUCAGAGACCAUGGACACCUCUGUUUCCCAAGGUUUGCGGCCUGUGGGGGCCCCCCAGGUGGUGGAAGAUGAGAUCGACCAGUAUCUGAUCAAACAGGAUGGGAAGAUUUACCGAAAUCGAGACCAGCAGCUGUGUCGCCACGGCCCCUUGGGUAAAUGUGUGCAUUGCGUACCGCUGGAGCCUUUUGAUGAGGAUUAUUUAAACCAUCUGGAACCUCCUGUGAAGCAUAUGUCCUUCCAUGCCUACAUCAGGAAGCUGACCGGAGGGGCAGACAAGGGGAAAUUUGUUGCCCUGGAAAACAUCAGCUGUAAGAUCAAAUCGGGCUGUGAAGGGCACCCUCCUUGGCCAGAAGGCAUUUGCACAAAGUGUCAGCCAAGUGCCAUCACUCUGAAUAGACAGAAAUACAGGCAUGUUGACAACAUCAUGUUUGAGAACCACACAAUUGCAGAUCGCUUCCUAGACUUCUGGCGGAAGACAGGAAACCAACAUCUUGGGUAUCUGUAUGGCCGGUACACAGAGCACAAAGACAUCCCUCUGGGGAUCCGGGCGGAGGUUGCUGCCAUCUAUGAACCCCCACAGAUUGGUACACAGAACAGCCUGGAGAUCCUGGAAGAUCCAAAAGCUGAGGUGGUGGAUGAGAUCGCUGCAAAGCUUGGACUGAGAAAGGUUGGCUGGAUAUUUACUGAUCUGGUCUCUGAAGACACACGGAAAGGGACUGUUCGAUACAGCAGAAACAAGGACACGUAUUAUCUAAGUGCAGAAGAGUGCAUCACAGCUGGAAACUUUCAGAACCAGCAGCCCAACAUCUGUCGCCUUUCUCCAGACGGUCAUUUUGGAUCCAAAUUUGUCACAGUUGUGGCUACAGGUGGUCCCGACAACCAGGUCCACUUUGAGGGCUACCAGGUCUCGAAUCAGUGCAUGGCGCUGGUUCGAGAUGAGUGUUUGCUGCCCUGCCGAGAUGCACCGGAGCUGGGCUAUGCCAAGGAGUCCAGCAGUGAGCAGUAUGUGCCUGAUGUGUUCUAUAAGGACAUAGACAAGUUUGGCAACGAGAUCACACAGCUGGCUCGCCCGCUCCCGGUUGAGUACCUAAUCAUAGAUAUUACUACGACUUUCCCCAAGGAUCCAGUCUACACUUUUUCUAUUUCUCAAAAUCCAUUUCCCAUCGAGAACCGCGACGUGCUGGGGGAAACUCAGGACUUCCACAGCUUGGCCACGUACCUGUCCCAAAAUACUUCCUCCGUUUUCCUAGACAUGAUUUCUGAUUUCCAUCUGCUCCUCUUCCUGGUCACAAACGAAGUCAUGCCUCUGCGGGACAGCAUCAGCUUGUUGCUGGAAGCCGUGAGGACCAAGAAUGAGGAGCUCGCACAGACCUGGAAAAAAUCAGAGCAGUGGGCCACCAUCGAGCAGCUCUGCAGCACAGUCGGUGUCCAGAUCUCAGGACUACAGGAGUACGGUGCCAUGGGCGGCUCGACGCACGCCGUGUCGGCAGCCAUGUGGGCCUGCCAGCACUGCACCUUCAUGAACCAGCCGGGCACGGACCACUGCGAGAUGUGCAGCCUGCCCCGGACCUAGCCACGCCGGCGCGGCGGCAGACUCCAAUACAGAGCAAACCCUCGA